AUGCAGAAUAUGGACCCUUUUCAGUCGCAAAGCAAAGGCCACGAAUCCGUCAAGCAGGAACGCUGCGUGGGAGAAGGCCACGAUGAUGAAGACCAUCAGCGAUGGGUACGAAAUCUCUUGUUCAAAAUGGACUGCAGACUCCUCCCAGCUUUAUCCGGCCUUUUCCUCUGCUCUUUUCUCGAUCGAACCAAUGUAGGGAAUGCCAAGAUCCUUGGUUUGGAGGACGACAUCAACAUCACCGGUCAUCAGUAUGAUAUAGGCCUCACGGUAUUUUACAUCAUGUAUAUCUGCAGCGAGCUACCAAGUAACCUGGUCAUCAGAAAGGCCUCGCCUCAGAUCUGGUUACCGUUUCUGACGAUGAUGUGGGGCAUAUUUACGAUGUGCUUAGGCUUUGUGCGUAACUUUGCUGGCUUCGUCGUUGUCCGAGCCCUCUUAGGAAUCGCCGAAGGCGGAUUGCUUCCUGGAAUUGUCUUGUACCUGUCCUUCUUUUACAGACGAAAUGAUUUGGCCCUGCGCAUCGGGAUAUUCUAUACUGCGGCCUCUCUGUCAGGAGCUUUUGGAGGUAAGAGAGCAAUAUCUCUGAGAAGCUCAGAUGGAAGACCUUUGAUCCUCUAUUGGAGAUAUGCAGAUAUAUUCACUAACACGCUGAAGACAUCUUCUGUUGGCGUGCUGAACUAUUUCUUGCUACCAAACAGUCUGGAAACGGCAUAUUUCCUGACUCCAGAAGAGCGACUAUAUGCUCUUGAAAGAGUAAUGCUUGACACCCCUUCGGUCGAGCAUGCAACGCCGGAGGACGAGAGGGAGAAACUCAAAUGGAUUGAAGUGCGACGAGGGCUUCUAGACCCGCGAAUGUGGAUGUCUGCUACAGCCUACUUCUCAAUUUUGUCAGGUCUGUACUCAUUCGGACUGUUUGUAAUGGUUGUGGCUGUCGUAUCGGACAGAUUACAGCUGCGUGGAGUGGUGAUGCUGUUUACAUUACCGAUUGCCAUAGCGGGAUAUGGCGCGAUUGCAAAUAUUCACUCAUCAUCAGCCAAGUAUGCAAUGACUUGUCUUAUGGCGACUGGGCUAUAUAGUUCCGUUCCAUGCAUCUUGGUCUGGAACUCAAACAACUCUGCAGGACAUUACAAGCGCGCCACUACAUCUGCCAUGCAACUCACUAUUGCAAAUUGCGGAGGACUCCUGGCUACUUUCAAUUAUCCCGACCAGGACAAGCCUCAAUAUCACCGAGGGCACACAAUGAUCAUGGGACUCUUGGUAUUCGCAUGGCUGAUGAUUUUGAUUAACGUCUUAUACUGUGCCAAAAUCAACCGUGACAAGGCACAAGGCAAGUAUGCGCAAUACGCGGAAUGUCAUGAUGAUCGAGACCCUGCUUUUAAGAUGAUCUUGUAG